AUGUAAAUUAGAAGAUCAAUAAUUUCGAAAAAGGACCUAAGAAAAGACAUCAAAAAAUAAGAAUAAAUUCUGCCUGACCAAUCUGAAAAAUUUAGGAAGGUUUUUGAAAUCUGUGGAGAUGAAAUCAUCUCUUAUCUUAAUAAAAAGGAGUAGAUGCAAUUGCGAUCAGUUUGUAGAAUUUCAUUUUACAUGGUACAAACGUAUCAAGUCUGGAAUAUGAUGAUUUUUGAUAGUGAUCAAAUUAGUCAAGCUACUACUAAUGAUUCAAAUAUGAAAGAAAGCUUUUUGAAAAACUCGUUUUAUUCAAAAGUUGGAAAAUCACGCCCAUCCACUUAAGAACAAAUGUAAAAAGAAUAAUGGCUCAUUAAACCUGCUAAUUAUAAUCCACCCUAAAAAAAAUUAGUAUUUUUAAAAAACAAAAACAAAAUUGAAGACAACAUCCUUUCCGAUGAAGAUCUUAAAUAAACAAUCACAGUUUGGACACUUAAUUUAAAUAGUCUCGAAAAAUAAAUAAAUAUUGCAAAAAUACAAACAGACAGUUUUAUUCAGGAAAUUACAUUAUGGAUAGAUCAUGUCAAUUUAUUACAAGAAUUUUAAAAUGAAUAUUAGCUUGAACAUGUGGGUAAGAUACUCUAGUUAUUGAAAUAAAAAUCUAUUUUAGAUGUAAGUUUGGAUAGAAAAAGAAAAAUAUUGCAGGAUAUCCUUAAUUCAUUGUUAAAUGAUUUUGAAUUAAAAAAGAAAUAUUCAAAUGACAUCCAAAUACUAAAACCUAUUUGCCAAAGAUUGUUGCAAAUCAAAUUGGCAGAUUUCUAAUCGGAAAUUCCAAACCAAUUAUGGCCUAAAAUAGAUUAAAUUUAAAAUCAAUUUGAUAAGAUUUUCAAUAUAAGGAAAGAAUUCUUUUUCAUGAAACUAUUUUAGAUAACUUAAAAGAUCUUUUCUAUUAAUUUAGGUUGGAUUGUUGAUUUUUCAAACUAUGAAUUAACUCUAAAUUUAUUAGAGUAAUUUUAACAGUUUCUAAUUUAAUUAAUACAAAGACAUUCUUUUGGGGAAAAGAAAUUUAAUUAAAAUUAACUGCACCAUUCCUAAAAUGAACUUUUCUUCUAAACCUAUAAAAAAUCUAUUGAUGAUAUAAUUAAAAUGCUCAAGCUCAAUAAGAAACUGUAUGACGGUCAAAAGGAAAACCUGUAGGUUUAAGCUAUGCUUUAGAGUUAUAAACAAUAAACAUUUGAUUAGUUUUAAGAAAAAUAAUAAUGGGCAUAAAUUUAUGUAAGAAAUGAUAUUGAUUAUUAGAAUACUUGGAAGGAAAAAUAUUAAAAUAUAAAAAAAUAAACAUAAGAAGUGCCAGAAUCAUAAGAAGGAAUUAGCUUUGGCUUUUUUUAAACUAAAAUGAGUUGGAGUAUUUAAUGA